AUGUUGAAGCAUUAUCUGAGGAGGCGGGUUUCGGUCAUCACUACGGAUGGCCGCUACCUCGUGGGAGUGCUGCAUACCGCCGACCAGCUGCUUAACCUUGUGCUCACGUCCUGCGUGGAGCGUGUCUUUGACGAGGCGGGGGAGAAUGCGGGUGGGUCACCGCAACACGAACAGCCACUACGUAGUGAUGGCAACAGUGGCGGUGGCGAGAUGCAGGAGUUGGCGAUGGGUGUGAUGAUGAUUCGCGGGAGCGAUGUGGUCUGCGUGGCGGCCGUCGACACGGUGGAGGAGGCGAAGGUGAGCGCCAAGUCGUGGCGAGGGCGAAACCUGCCAGCGGUGGAAUGUGUGCCGCGUGCUGCGGACGCAGUGGAGUGA